AUGAAGAGUAUAGGUGGUGUUGUGCUGGUGUUUUGUAUACUGUAUCAAAUAUGUGCAGCUGAAAAACAAGAUAAUGUAAUUAACGUAAAGAAGAAGCCCAAGUAUUGUCAUGAAUUUGCUUUGGCGUUGAAGCAGAACAUUGAUUUUAACUUCAUGGAAAUUCAGUGUGAGAAAGAUGGCACUUUUUCACCGACGCAAUGUUUGAGAACAGGCAUGUGCGCAUGUGUCAAUAUGUAUGGAAAUUAUAUUACUUACACAGCGACGGCUCCCAACCAACCACCACCAGAAUGUAAAGGUUUGAAGCCUGGUCGUUGUCCAUUUACAAACACCGGUCUGUCAUGUGACAUUAAAUGCCAACAUGAUGCAGAAUGUCCUUUCAACCAUAAAUGCUGUAAUACUGAUUGUGGUAUGACGUGUCUAGAACCAAAACAAGACUGUUACCCAGACGAGUUUGUUUGCGAUGAUGGAGUGGUUUGUAUAUCAGAGUACCAAGUAUGUGAUGGGUUGCCUGACUGUAUUGAUGGCAGUGAUGAAUCACCAAGUAGAUGCACUGAGCCACGAUUUGAGUGUGAUUUUGACAGGAUGAUACCUAUACAUUUUGUUUGUGAUGGUUAUCCACAAUGUCCCGAUGGUUCUGAUGAGCUGAAUUGUGAAGAUUUUGAUUUUGUUUGUACCAAUGGGAAUAUCGUUAAACAGGUCUCUGUAUGCAAUGGCUAUGACAACUGUGCAGAUGGUAGUGACGAAUCUGGUUGCGGUAAGCUCUUUCUAUUCAAUGAUCCUUAUUGGAGUCUUAUAACAUUACAUAUGGGACUUUUUAACCUCAAGCUGAGUGUAAUGAAUCCACAAUUUAAGUGUACCGACGGUAGUUGUUAUGAAGAAUGGAAUCACUGUGAUGGAUAUAACGACUGUGGUGAUUGGUCUGAUGAAGACGGUUGUGCUUCCAUUCCCGGUGGUUAUGAAAAUGAUUGUUUCAGAGACUUUAUGUACCAAUGUGGUGAUGAAGAUUGUAUUAGUAUAUACGAAGUUUGUAAUGGGAUUCCUGACUGUGCCAAUGGAGAAGACGAAGUUAACUGCCAGCAUUAUAAAUGUGCUAAUGGUCAAUUUGUUCGAAAAGACGCUAACUGUACUGGAUGGAAUGAAUGCGAUGAUGGUAGUGACGAACUUGACUGUGAAUGCGACGAAGGCGCGUUCAAGUGUGAUAAUGGUUUAUGUAGGCCUGAGUAUGGCAUAUGUAAUACCUACGAUGACUGUGGUGAUAACAGUGAUGAGAAUAAUUGUGUGUACUAUGUAUGUGAUGAUGGACAAUUUCUAGCUCAAGGAAAUUAUUCUUGUAAUGGAUAUGCCGAUUGUGUUGACCAAAGUGAUGAAAAAGAUUGUCCAUGUGAUGAGAGUGAUGAUAGAUUUCGAUGUGAUAAUGGUCUUUGUAAGUGGUAUUAUGAUCAGUGUAACGGAUAUGACUCCUGUGGCGAUAAUUCUGACGAGCAGGAUUGUGUAAUUCACGUCUGUGACAAUGGAGAUGAAAUAAAGCGACGACCAGACUCUCCCUCUCCUAUUUGUGACAUGAACUUCGAUUGCUCCGAUAAAAGCGACGAGAAGGGCUGUGAAUGUCGUGCGUUUACUAUGAAGUGUUCAGAUACAGGAUAUUGUGUUUCAAGAUACAAUAUCUGUGACGGCAACGACGACUGUGGAGACGGUUCAGACGAAAAAAACUGUGUUUGCAGAGAAGACCAGUUCCGUUGUGAUGAUGGAAUAUGUAAACCGUUGUCAUGGAAAUGUAAUGGUUAUGACGAUUGUGGGGACAAUUCUGAUGAACAAUCAUGUGACGAAAUUUAACGUUUUAAUUUCCAAUAAUAAAUCAUUAAUUCUGGUAUUGUUGAAUACUAAUAUAGAUACGUAAUAAAUAGUAUAAAUAUAAAUAAAUAAAGAUACAAUACAAAU